GGAGAGCCCCACCAUUGAUCCACCCACCCUUUCAUCACUCACGAUACCUACCAAGCGUCAAGCAUCACUUCACCACAACUGUCCAAUCCAAUCUUGUCUUCUUUCUGUCCAGUGAGCACCAGGCACCAGCCGGAGGCCACCUUCCAAUCCCUACGCGUCCACAUCCCUUAAAUCCUACCCACCGUCUCAUCCCUCUUCCGUGGACGCCACUGCGCGGGGCCCCACCUUGUCUUAGACACCUGAUACGGUAUCUAAUAGCCAACAAGGUCAAAUCGAUCCAAGCCCAGCCUCACCCUCUACGAUACUACAGUACUGGUACUUGUACGUACAAGUUCCGUACUCGAGUACCGACUCUCCUACGGAAUUCAUGCACACAAAACCGGUAUCGGGGCACUGAUACGGCAAUCGGGAGGGGGAAGGGGGAAAAGUAAAACUAAGAAAGAAAGAAAAAACAAAAAUAAUAGGAUAAAGCGAAAGUUACCCUAUUCUCCCCAAACAGAGAACUCACUCACAGCUUUCCUUCCACCAACACCGAACUCUUGCUCUUUCCUCGUUAGUGAAAUUACCACAACAGGCGAUCAUCUUGCUUCCUGCACUUGUCUGUCUGUCGCUUGUCUUCACACAAGUAUGAUACCGUAGGCAGCACGACUGCAGCAGAGCCAGCGGAGCCAAAGGGCAAGAACAUCACCGCGUUCUUGGGUGUGUCUAUUCUGUCAAGCUGCAGGACUCCGAGACUACCUCCCUUUCCCUACGAGGCCUGUCGCUGGUUGGCCGUUGCCCCGUUAAAACCGCUCCCUCCUCAUCCACCUCAGUGGCCCUCACAAACUCUGGCCUCACUCUCCUUCGCUAUUCUACUACCCACUGCCACUUCCACUGCCACCCUUCCUUAUUCAAUCCUUUGGGGAAGUGCCUUCGGAAGCUCACUAUUUGUACUAACACAUCGCCACCCAAUUCUACCACGUUCCUUGUCGUCAUCCCGAUGGUUUGAGGAUACCGCAAUCUUCCACAUUGUUAUACUUUACCAGGUCACUAGUCAUGAGAAUCGCGUGCCUACAGUUCAGUCCCCGGCUGGGGAACAUUGCGCGUAAUCUUGAGAGGGCGGAGACCGUAAUUUCUCGGGCCGAACCUCAAGAUAUAGACCUCCUAAUCCUUCCUGAAAUGGCUUUCACAGGCUACAACUUUAAUUCCGUCAAUGAAAUAAAUUGCCAUCUGGAGCCAACAGCUGCAGGCCCAUCCACGGUAUGGGCUCGCUCAACUGCCCGACGCCUUGGCUGCUACGUAGCUUUGGGAUACCCGGAAUAUUGCGCACACUCUCCCUCGUUGCCGUUGGGUCCUGUGUCGAGGUACAAUUCCGCGGUGCUGGUGUCUCCCAAGGGAGACGUGCUGGCAAACUACAGGAAGCACUUUCUCUUUGCCACAGAUGAGUUGUGGGCUGAGGAAGGACCGGAGGGGUUCUUCUCCGGGGACCUCCCCGAUGGACUGGGAAGACUUGCAAUGGGAAUAUGCAUGGAUUUGAAUCCAAGACGGUUCGAAACCCCCUUCGAGAAGUAUGAGUUUGCACAUCACAUACUCGAUUCGAAAGCAGAUAUAGCCGUCAUGCCUAUGGCGUGGCUCACUUCCCAGCCUGCGGAAUCCGUGGUAGAUCAAGCGCAAAUCCCCGACGCCGACACCCUCGCAUACUGGAUCCAGCGAUUGCAGCCAGUCCUAGACCAAGGCGGCCAAGGCCAGUCGGGAGAAACCAUAUUCGCCGCUUGCAACAGAACAGGGACAGAACGUAAUGCUUGUUAUGCCGGUACCUCUGCUGUUGUGGGGGUGAGUAAGGGUAACGUGAAGGUGUACGGGCGCUUGGGAAGGGGAACGGAAGACCUACUUGUAUGUGACGUUCCAGGGCCCGGGAAGAACUCGGCGGCCGAGUGGAGAUGAUCGAACCACCAAACGAUGAGAAAGUCGAAAAGUGGAUUCCUUCUUUUUUCCCCCUGCAUAUCAAUAGGGGAAGAAAUGAUGGUGGGGCAAGUGAUUAAAGAAAGAAUGGGGGAUAAAACCUCCUUUGGAAACAGCACGAGGCGGCAUAGUAUGCAUUACAUCCGGACAACUCACAUCAAUCACUCUAAAAAAACGCACUGGUACUACUCUUAUCUUCUCUCCGUUCCUCCCCCAUCCCUAUCCGCAGCCGGAAAGGAGCAAAGCACAAAAAAUAUAUCAACCCGUCGGCACCCUUAUCUGUUCUUCGUCCGUCUCUCCCCUCGUUCCCUCGUCUUGAAGACUGGAGUACUGUUUUAGGCGUUUUUUAUAUCUCCACAUUAUAUAUUAUAUACUAUAACGGCUUUCU